CCUAAACCUCAAAAUUCAUUUCCCCAAACGUUUUCGGGGAUCCCUCGGCACAAGUUCGUCAUUGACAGUAUCUUGGUUUCUCCAUCAGGGCCAGUAAAAGUUGGAGAGCACAGAGCUACCUCCAACGAUGGAAAUGCCAUGUGAUCCCCUGACUGGCACUACGAGCGUGGGGUAGAUGCGGGAAACUACAACUCUCAGGAUCGAGAGGUUGAUAACAACAACAACAAAAAUCGAAGCCAUAUCUAAAAGUCUAUAGGCAUACUUUCUAACGCAAUGUCUAAAGAAACUGACCCAACCACACGAUAUGGAUUCAUAGGUGUUGGUGUUAUGGGGUGGGGGAUGGCCAUGAACCUGAGAGAGAAAGUUCCAAGGGAAGCUAAGAUGGUGAUAUGCGAAAUAUCCGAGAGCCGCAGGAACCACUUUCUUCAAGAGGUUCAGGGUAAAGGCAUUGUUACAGCUGCGGAUAGUCCUAAAGAGGUGGCUGAGCAAUCGGAUGUUGUCAUCACCAUGCUUCCAACAGGCUCACAUGUCCGUGACGUGUUCACGAAUAAGGAAAAUGGGCUGUUAUCAGCUGCCCCUAGGGAUACUCCCAUUCAUUUCAUAGACUGCUCGACAAUCGAGACAGCCACAAGCGUGGAGAUCGGCGCAGAAGUAGCAAGGUCAAAGCUAGGAACCUUCAUCGACGCACCCGUCAGCGGCGGACCAAACGGCGCAAACAGUGCGACACUGGCUAUCAUGGUGGGAGGCAGCGAAGAGGACUGGCAACGAGCAGAACCCAUCCUCCGAAUGAUGGGGAAAAACAUAUUCCACUGCGGACCGCCGUCAGCAGGGCUAGCGACGAAGCAGAUCAACAACUACCUCAGCGCUGUCUCUACGAUCGGCGUCUGCGAGGCUAUGAACAUGGGCGUCAAGUAUGGGCUCGAUCCGAAGAAGCUGGCCGACGUCAUCAACGUCAGCAGUGGAAGGUGCUACAACAGCCUUGACCAGAACCCCGUCAAGGGCGUGACGCCGGGUGCUGCCAGCGAGAAAGAUUUCGUGGGCGGUUUCAGCGUUGAACUUUGUAAAGGGGUUCUGGAUAUGGCGGUAGCGCUGGGAGAGCAAGCUGGGGCGAAAUCGAUCCUCAGCGACCGGGUGCUUGCUAUCUACGACAAAGCGCUUAAAGAUGAGCGGACCCGCGGGCGGGAUUCCCGCAGUAUCUACAGGUUCUUUUCUGAAGACGACGAUGUGCUUUGAGUAAAUACUAGUAAAUAACAUGUUUUUUUUAUUUGAAGCUGGAUGGUGUCAUGUACUUGCUUCAUAGCUAGUUUCGUGACUCAGGAUCUAAAUUUCGUUUUCAAUAUCAUGUAAAUUCUGACCUUCUUCUCAAAGUUUCAGAUUGUCUUCUUUUUGUUAAAUGUUCUAGAGAUCGUCUGCUGAAAUGAGAGGUGUAUAAGUAUUACAUUCAACUAACCUACUUAAUACGAGUGAAGCGGGAGGAUAUUCUAAUAUACAUGAGCCGGAUCUUCGUGUCCUUUGAUCCGUGCCGUGUAUAUGAAGUGACUCUUUGACCACCAACACUUCCAACGUCCUCAACUAUUAUUACAGAGGCGCUUGGGCAACAAUACCGCGCAACGAAAGUGCUUCACCUUGUGACGUCUUACCGCC